GUCACGGGGCGAGGUGGCGUCCCCGAGCCAGAGCGGCUCCCGGAAGACACCGCCUGUGUGUUUUCUGAAGAGAUUAAGGCUGCCCUAGGAAAAGACGUUUAACUUAAGAGACAGCGAAAGGAGGCAGAGGGCUGGGCGUCGGUGCGAGCAGGUUUGCCUACGCGACUGCACGCAGCCGACACGUCCUCCGGGCGAGGCGGGCCCGUGCCCCAAGAUGGCGGUGGCGCGGUUAGAUGACUUCCGCCGUCGUGACUCCGAACUGACAGCCUGGGUGCUGCAGCGCGCCUCGUGGUGCGGAGGGGAAUAGCAACAACAAAGCGCCUUAAUCGUAUCCCUUUCUCCUACUGUGUACUUGGCAAAAUAAGAAAAUUUAUCUGCUAAUCUGGAACAGGAAGCAGAAGCAGGAGAAGGUCGAGGGUCAUGGCCAAAGUCCCACUACUGGCUCAGAGUGGAGGAAGUGGACCAAGGUUGCCUCUCUGCACUUGUCCAUGCCACAGGCUGACCAGCAGAGGUCCUGCUCGGAUCCCCCAGCCUGGGCCCUGUGGGCCCCACCAAGUGAGCAGCAUGCAACACCCCCAGGCCUGCUCGCUGUCUUCUGGCCUGCUGCCCAGCCCUCCCAGGAGGCCCUGACGCCCUGGGGCACUUCUGCUCUGCGCAGGACCACGUGGGGGUUUGCCAUGGUGACAUAAAGGGGCGCAGAGGAAGGAAGGAGCGAGACCAGCCUGCAGACUGCGCCCCUGGCUGGGAGGAAGGGCCGGGGGCCCGAAUCCUCCACUCCUGCUGCCCUCCAAGGGCCUCGCUUCCCAGGUCUCUGUGAAUUUGUUGGUCAGUGGACGACUCUCGUGCCUCCCCGUGUGUGGGGCCUUGGGGUGGCCAGGGCAGGCCAGGCCUCCGGCGGCCGAGGGCCUGGGGGUCCAGAAUGCCUGCUCUGGCGUGCCUCCGGAGGCUGUGUCGGCACGUGUCCCCACAGGCUGUCCUCUUCCUGCUGUUCGUCUUCUGCCUGUUCAGCGUCUUCGUCUCGGCCUACUACCUGUACGGCUGGAAGCGGGGGCUGGAGCCCUCAGCCGACGCCCCCGAGCCUGACUGUGGAGACCCGCCACCCGUGGCCCCCAGCCGCCUGCUGCCACUCAAACCCGUGCAGGCGGCCACACCUUCCCGCACGGAGCCGUUGGUGCUGGUGUUUGUGGAAAGCCUCUACUCGCAGUUGGGGCAGGAGGUGGUGGCCAUCCUGGAGUCCAGCCGCUUCAAGUACCGCACGGAGAUCGCGCCGGGCAAGGGGGAUAUGCCCACGCUCACCGACAAGGGCCGCGGCCGCUUCGCCCUCAUCAUCUACGAGAACAUCCUCAAGUAUGUCAACUUGGACGCCUGGAACCGGGAGCUGCUGGACAAGUACUGUGUGGCCUACGGCGUGGGCAUCAUCGGCUUCUUCAAGGCCAAUGAGAACAGCCUGCUGAGCGCGCAGCUCAAGGGCUUCCCGCUGUUCCUGCACUCGAACCUGGGCCUGAAGGACUGCAGCAUCAACCCCAAGUCCCCGCUGCUGUACGUGACGCGGCCCAGCGAAGUGGAGAAGGGCGUGCUGCCCGGUGAGGACUGGACCGUGUUCCAGUCCAACCACUCCACCUAUGAGCCGGUGUUGCUGGCCAAGACGCGCUCGUCCGAGUCCAUCCCGCACCUGGGCGCCGACGCCGGCCUGCACGCUGCACUGCACGCCACCGUGGUCCAGGACCUGGGCCUGCACGACGGCAUCCAGCGCGUGCUGUUCGGCAACAACCUCAACUUCUGGCUGCACAAGCUGGUGUUCGUGGACGCCGUGGCCUUCCUCACGGGCAAGCGCCUCUCGCUGCCUUUGGACCGCUACAUCCUGGUGGACAUCGACGACAUCUUCGUGGGCAAGGAGGGCACACGCAUGAAGGUGGAGGACGUGAAGGCCCUGUUUGAUACACAGAAUGAACUGCGCACACACAUCCCAAACUUCACCUUCAACCUGGGCUACUCAGGGAAAUUCUUCCACACAGGUACCGAUGCUGAGGACGCGGGGGACGACCUGCUGUUGUCGUACGUGAAGGAGUUCUGGUGGUUCCCCCACAUGUGGAGCCACAUGCAGCCCCACCUUUUCCACAACCAGUCUGUGCUGGCCGAGCAGAUGGCCCUGAACAAGAAGUUCGCUGUCGAGCACGGCAUUCCCACAGACAUGGGGUAUGCAGUGGCGCCCCACCACUCGGGCGUGUACCCCGUGCAUGUGCAGCUCUAUGAGGCCUGGAAGCAGGUGUGGAGCAUCCGCGUGACCAGCACGGAGGAGUACCCCCACCUGAAACCGGCGCGCUACCGCCGCGGCUUCAUCCACAACGGCAUCAUGGUCCUCCCGCGGCAGACCUGCGGCCUCUUCACACAUACCAUCUUCUACAACGAGUACCCGGGCGGCUCCAGCGAGCUGGACAAGAUCAUCAACGGCGGUGAGCUCUUCCUCACCGUGCUCCUCAAUCCCAUCAGCAUCUUCAUGACGCACCUGUCCAACUAUGGGAAUGACCGCCUGGGCCUGUACACCUUCAAGCACCUGGUGCGCUUCCUGCACUCCUGGACCAACCUCCGGCUGCAGACGCUGCCCCCCGUGCAGCUGGCCCGAAAGUACUUCCAGAUCUUCUCCGAGGAGAAGGACCCACUCUGGCAGGACCCCUGCGAGGACAAACGCCACAAGGACAUCUGGUCCAAGGAGAAGACGUGUGACCGCUUCCCCAAGCUACUCAUCAUCGGCCCCCAGAAAACAGGCACCACGGCCCUCUACCUGUUCCUGGGCAUGCAUCCCGACCUCAGCAGCAACUACCCGAGCUCGGAGACCUUUGAGGAGAUCCAGUUUUUUAACGGCCACAACUAUCAUAAAGGCAUCGACUGGUACAUGGAGUUCUUCCCCAUCCCUUCCAACACCACCUCCGACUUCUACUUUGAGAAGAGCGCCAACUACUUCGAUUCCGAAGUGGCGCCCCGGCGGGCGGCUGCCCUAUUGCCCAAGGCCAAGAUCCUGACCAUCCUCAUCAACCCAGCAGACCGGGCCUAUUCCUGGUACCAGCACCAGCGAGCCCACGACGAUGCCGUGGCCCUGAAGUACACCUUCCACGAGGUGAUCACCGCCGGCCCCGACGCGUCCUCGAAGCUCCGCACCCUACAGAACCGCUGUCUGGUCCCCGGCUGGUACGCCGUGCACAUCGAGCGCUGGCUCGGCGCCUUUCAUGCCAACCAGAUCCUAGUCUUGGAUGGCAAACUUCUGCGAACAGAACCUGCCAAGGUGAUGGACACGGUGCAGAAGUUCCUCGGGGUGACCAACACCAUUGACUACCACAAAACCUUGGCGUUUGAUCCAAAGAAAGGAUUUUGGUGCCAGCUGCUUGAAGGAGGAAAAACCAAGUGUCUGGGCAAAAGCAAGGGCCGGAAAUACCCGGAGAUGGACUUGGAUUCCCGAGCCUUCCUGAGGGACUAUUACCGGGACCACAACAUCGAGCUCUCCAAGCUGCUGUACAAGAUGGGCCAGACACUGCCCACCUGGCUGCGGGAGGACCUGCAGAACACCAGGUAGCCGCGGCCGCCACAUUCAGACCACACCUUCGUGCCCACGGCAGGGACGCCCGCCGCAUGCUGAGCCACGUGGACCUGCAGAGUGGGGAGCCGGGCCCGGGCCGGCCAAGCACGCACGAGCAAUACUCCGCGAGGCCCACGGAGGGCCAGGAGGAGAGCCCAGGCAGGUGUGCGAGCGCCUCGGGCCACCACUGCUGGGUCUGUGGCCCAUCGGACCUCCCUGGCCACCAGAGGUCCAUUCCGUUCAUGGCCUCUCUAGGGAGGCCACUUCCUGGUAGGAGGGAGUCAGCGAGACCCUCCCUCCUGUCCCUCACUGUGUUCUGCCGACCGCCCCCUCUCCCCAGCAGGCCGGCCCUCAGUAUAGCUGCCAUGUCUUCUUUGUCGUGCAGACGGCACGGGAGACGAGCCCCGCUGGGGCAUUUGCCAAGCCAGGGAGCGAGACUGGACGUUUCCCUGAGUGUCUCGAGCCGGGCCCUCCAGGGGGCUCAGCUGGAUGCCCAGCGGCAGUCACGAGGCCGGCUGCCGAGAACUAAGCCCCAUGUCCGGGUCAACUUUCACAUCUCACCUUCCCUCUCCGGUUCCUGCAGUGCCCCCCGGGGGCCCUGGGGCACUGCCGGGCCACUAGGGGGGGCCCAGAGACCCAGGCCUCAAACCUCUCCCUCCCCUUACCCUGGGAUCUGACAUGCGUGGUGUUUCCUGUGGUAAAAGACUGGGGCAGUCCAGUGUCCAUGCGUUGUCCCUACACCCACCCGGUCUCGGCUGAGGGCCCCCAGAGACCCUCCCCCUUAACUUCCUCAAUACUAAGAAGCUAAAGUAUUUUAA